AAAAAUUAAUUUUAAUAUUUAAAAAAUAAUUGUAAUUUAAUAAGUUAAAUGAUAAGUGCAUAAUUAUGAUUACUUCAAAUAUGUUUAAUUUAAAAAAUUAUUUAUUUUCAACAAUAUUUGUAAUUAUUUUACAAUUUAUUAAAACAAUUAAUGCAAAUGGAUUACAAUGUCAAAGGAUAACAGUCCAAACAUGUCAAGGGUUAGGAUAUAAUAUGACGGCAUUACCAAAUUUAGCCGGUGAUCAAAGUUAUAUAGAAGCUGAAACAAAGCUAACAAAAUUUUUACCAUUAUUGGAAUCAACAUGCUCCAAACAUAUUCGUUUUCUUAUAUGUUCUUCAAUUUUUCCAUUAUGUUCACCUGAUGUACCAAGACCGGUGACAGCAUGUCGUUCAUUAUGUGAAAAAGUGAAGAAAGAUUGUGCUACUGAACCUUUAUUAAAUCAUUUAUGGCCAGAUUUUUUAAAUUGUGAAAUUUUACCACAACCAGAAAAACAAGAAUUAUGUAUGCAAAUACCAGAUGAAGAAAUUAAAAUUGAUAAGAAUCCAAAUAAUGGAAAAUUUUGGCCAUCAUGGUUACCAUGGAAAGUUACUGCAAAUGGUAUAAUUAGUGGUACACAUCAUAGUCAUCAUCAUCAUCAUCAUCAUUCACAUCAUACCGGUGGUAUUAAUAUUGAUAAUAGUUUAGGAUUAAAAAUUAUUUGUCCUGUUAAUUUUACUGCUUAUGAUCGUGAUUGUAUUCCACAAUGUAAUACGGAUGCCAUUUAUAAUUCACAACAAAAAAAAAUUACUCAAGCCUUAAUAUUAUCAUUAUCAGCAGUUUGUUUUAUAUUAACUUUAUUUUCAUUGGUAACAUUUUGGGCGGAACCAACACGUUUCGGAUAUCCUGAACGACCAGUUCUAUUUUUAUGUCUUUGUUAUAAUUUACUAAGUGUUUCAUAUUUAGAACGUAUCGUUUUUCAUAAUCCGAUCAAAGAGAAAUUUAUUGAUAAUGCAAACGAUGAAAUAACAAUAACAGUUGGAUGUACUAUAGCUCCACCAUGUUUAGCAUCAUAUAUAACAACAAGUUAUUUAAUGUUAUGUGCUGCAUCAUGGUGGUUAAUAUUUGCAUUAUGUUUUUAUUUGUCAUCUAAUAAAAAAUGGUCUAGUGAAGCUUUAGAAAAAAAAUCUGGUCUAUUUCAUGUUUUAGCAUGGGUAACACCAUUAGGACCACCAAUUGGUGCAUUACUUUGGGGUGCUGUUAAAUCAAAUGAAUUAACUGGUAUGUGUACGGCACCAGGUUUUGUUGAAAUACCAGCUAUUAUAUUACUUAUUUUUGGUGCAACAUUUACAAUGAGAGCAUCUAGAUCACUUCAAAAUUUACAAGAAGAAAUAAGAACACCAGCAUUAACAAAUAAUCAAUUUAGAUUUUCUCAAAUUCGAAAACGUGUAUUAAUUUUUAGUUUAGUAUUCUUUAUUCCAACUGUAAUUGCAAUUUUAUUAACAUUUUUUGAAAGAUUAGAUGUUCGUAUAUCACCGUGUAUAUCAAUUGAAACAUGUGAGCAACCUAAAAAAUCAUCUGCAAUACCAACAUAUUUAAAAUUAUUUUUUCAAUUAACUGGUGGUACUUUAACUGGAAUGUGGGUAUGGUCACGUAAAACAUGUGAAUCUUAUAGAAGUCGUAUAGUAACAGCAACAACACCAACAAUUUCAUCUACAUCGACGAAAUCUGGUAUGACAAUACCAAAUAAAAAAAUGUCAAAUAAUAAACAUGUGACACCAUUGUAUAGUGGCAUUAAUUUUCAUAAUGUUCCAGUUUAUAAUAGUCAUUCAAGAGUAUAG